AAUAAUGUUGACGUUUGGUUACGCUUUAUGGCUUUAAUUGUACAAUUAUGUUUUUAUCUACAAAUGAUUAUUAAAUUAAUUCAAUUUAUAAAAUUUUCAUAAACAUAAACUUACCGGGCCUGCGAUACAAACAGAAUAUUAUAGUAUUGUGUUAAAGUGAGGUUAGAACGUAACAUUACAGUUUGAUUUCAAUCAGAAAAUAUAAAGUACAAUGAACGGUGAAAAGAGGAAUACUCGAGGACGUGGGCGAGGAAGAGGCCGUGGCAGAGGCAGAGGUAGAGGACGAGGUCGGGGCAAGAAAGUGCCCAAAGUAAUGUCCAGUGACGAGGAGGAAUGUUCUAUCGAAGAAACUUCACAGGACCCUGAAGAAUCAGUGCCCGAGGAACCUAAGCAAGAGAAUGAACAAGCCGAACCGCCUAAAUUGGAGGUUCCAUCAGACAUAUCUCAAUUGGAAGCCCCAGUGUUUACAACACUGCAGCGUGGCCCUCCCGAGCCAAUGCUGCGGUUAGAUUGGAGCCACAGAGCCUCACUCAUUGGUGAAAAAGUUUUGAACCCCAUGAUCUACUGCUGUGAUAUAUGCUCAAAACCUAUACUCAUUUAUGGACGAAUGAUUCCUUGUAAACAUGUGUUUUGUUUUUCCUGCGCGAGAGCCGAUCAUACACACUGCCCUCGGUGUAGAGAGAAGGUACUACGAGUGGAACAAACAGGACUCGGCACAGUGUUCAUGUGUACACACUCCGGAACCAGAUACGGGAACACUGGGUGCCGUAGAACUUAUUUGUCACAGAGGGACUUGCAGGCGCACAUCAAUCACCGGCACGUGUCGUCCGGCGCGGACAGCAAGCCGGAGCCCGAGUCGCCCGCCGCCUCCGUCGCCAUCGUUAAACCUAUUACCAUGCCGUCGGUGGGCGCGAACGACCCGCGCGGACACACGCUACAGACGCCGCAGCCGGCGGCCGCGCCCGGCGACCGGCCGCGCGGCCGUGCCAACCUCAUCACCGUGCCCAUACAAGACCAACCUGACUCGCACUCCUACUACAACUACUACCCGCCGCCGCAGCCGGUGCCGCCACCGUCGCUGGGCGUAGGCGGCGUAGGCGGCGUGGGCGGCGUGGGCGGCGUGGGCGGUGUGGGCGGCGUGGGUGGCGUGGCCGUGUCAGCGGCGGGCGUGGUGCUGCCGCAUAUGAGCGUGCCGCCGCCGCACUCCUACUACUCAGCACCGUACUCCGCGCCACCCGCUGUCUACGUGCCGCCGCCCAGCAACAUGACCACGAACGUGGCGGGCGUGAGUCCAAUGUCGGCGGGCGUGGUGCCGCUGGGCGACGGCCCGCGCUGGCCCGACGCCGCCUACCCGCCGCCGCAGCACCCGCAGCACCCGCAGCAUCCGCAGCACACCCAGCACCCGCCGCAGUCGUGGCCGCCGCACACGCAGCACGCGCCGCACCAGCAGCACCACUACUACAGGUAGCCCUCGUACCGGCGCACCCGCUGAUAGUGUACAUACAACCGACUGUAGUACCGUGGCGUUGCGGCAGACUGGACGGACUCUCGGCCGUUGCAAUAAAGGUGUGAUUCGUGAAGCAACUAAAGUGAUACUGGUGUGUGUAAUACAGUCUCGAAUGUCGUGAAUCCAUGAGUCACGAUCAAUUGCAGUAGCUUAUAACAUAUUAUUAUUACUAUUAAAUAGUUAUAAUAAAUCGUAGACUAAUUUAAUUUAAAAAGAAAUACUUUAUUAUGUUUUAUGUAUAUAUUCUGAUAUACAUUCACAAAUUUUGUACAGAAUUUAAUAUGAGCCUCUUAUAUAGAUUUGUUACGUCAACAA